CGUCAGCAUAUCAGAGCCUCCAGCAUCUCCCUGACCGUCCUUCAGCUGUGCAUCACCGCGUUACCUCCUCCAAAACCGCCCGAAAAAAACACCACGGACCUUUACUCGCGCCCAGACGCCAAACCUCACACGCAUCCCAUCAACUAUGUAGGUUUAUCGUUUCGAAAUUUGGGGAAAUCGCUUUGAAUUUCAGCGGCACGUCACUGCGACAACAUCCAACAUCUGCGUAUUCGCGAGGAUUUAGCGCUAAAACAAGCCAAAUCCAGCUCGCCAGCGCGCCCUCGUUCAUUUACCGAGGGGAAUCCACGCGUGUCAAAAGAUUUUUCGUGCGCUUUUUCGGCUUGCGUCUUCGCGUCUUCGGGCCUCCUCUGUGUCCGCAUCUGAGUCCCGUGUAGCAGCAGCAGCAUCAUCAUCCCGAACCUGCGCCAUGGCCGACGUCGUCUCGGAGUGUAAUAUCAAAGUGCUGUGUCGCUUUCGCCCGCUCAACCAGUCUGAGAUCAUACGCGGGGACCAGUUCAUCGCCAAGUUCCAAGGAGACGACACUGUCAUCAUUGGGGGAAAGUCCUAUGUGUUUGACCGAGUUUUCCCCACCAACACCACCCAGGAGCAGGUCUACAACACCAGUGCCAAGCAGAUCGUCAAGGAUGUGUUGGGUGGAUACAAUGGCACCAUCUUUGCAUAUGGACAGACCUCCUCUGGAAAGACCCACACCAUGGAGGGUAAGCUCCAUGACCCCCACCAGAUGGGCAUCAUCCCUCGCAUCGCUGAGGACAUCUUCAACCAUAUCUUUGCCAUGGACGAGAACCUGGAGUUCCACAUCAAGGUGUCCUACUUUGAGAUCUACAUGGACAAGAUCCGUGACCUUCUGGAUGUGACCAAGACCAACCUGUCUGUGCAUGAGGACAAGAACCGUGUCCCCUAUGUCAAGGGCUGCACCGAGCGCUUCGUGUCCAGUCCUGAUGAGGUGAUGGAUGUGAUCGAUGAGGGCAAAGCUAACCGACAUGUCGCUGUGACCAACAUGAACGAACACAGCUCCAGGAGUCACAGCAUCUUCCUGAUCAACAUCAAGCAGGAGCAUGUGGAGACCGAGCAGAAGCUGUGUGGGAAGCUUUACCUGGUGGACCUGGCUGGAAGCGAGAAGGUGAGUAAAACUGGAGCUGCUGGGUCAGUCCUGGACGAGGCCAAGAACAUCAACAAGUCCCUGUCUGCUCUGGGCAAUGUCAUCUCUGCUCUGGCCGAGGGGACGAAAACCCAUGUCCCGUACCGUGACAGUAAGAUGACACGGAUCCUGCAGGACUCUCUAGGGGGUAACUGUAGGACCACCAUGUUCAUCUGCUGCUCGCCCUCCAGCUACAACGACACGGAGACCAAGUCCACGCUCAUGUUUGGACAACGUGCAAAGACCAUCAGGAACACAGCCUCCAUCAACCUGGAGCUGACGGCCGAGCAGUGGAAGAGGAAGUACGAGAAGGAGAAGGAGAAGAACAAGAGUCUGAAGGAGACCAUCCAGAAGCUGGAGGCCGAGCUCAACCGCUGGAGAAACGGAGAAGAUGUGCCUGAGACGGAGAGGACCACUUCUGAUGUGGUGAACCGCUUUGAGACCAUUGAGGAGCGUCCUGUUUUGGACAACGACUCCUCCUCCAUCGUGGUGCGCAUCUCUGAGGAGGAGAGGCAGAAGUACGAGGAGGAGAUACGCAAACUCUACAAGCAACUGGACGACAAGGAUGAUGAGAUUAACCUGCAGUGUCAGCUGGUGGAGAAACUGAAGCAGCAGAUGCUGGACCAGGAUGAGCUGCUGGCGUCGUCCCGCGGUGACGGGGACAAGGUGCAGGCCGAGCUGGGCCGUCUGCAGGUGGAGAGUGACUGUGCCAAAGCUGAGGUGAAGGAGGUGCUGCAGGCCUUGGAGGAACUGGCCAUCAACUAUGACCAGAAGAGCCAAGAGGUGGAAGAGAAGGGCCUACAGAACCAGCUGCUGGCUGAUCAACUCGCUCAGAAGAUGGCGAGUCUAAUGGAGCUGGAGGCGGAGCUGUCCCGUAUGCAGGAGGUGAGCGGUCAGCAGAGGAAGAGGAUCGCAGAUGUGCUCAACGGCCUCAUGAGAGACCUGAGCGAGUUUAGCUCUAUCGUGGGCAACGGGGAGCUCAAACUGCCGGUAGAGAUCAGUGGGGCCAUCGAGGAGGAGUUCACCGUGGCUCGUCUCUACAUCUCUAAGAUCAAGUCUGAGGUGAAGUCCAUGGUCAAGAGGUGCAGGCAGCUCGAGAACAUGCAGCUCGAGUGUCACCGCAAGAUGGAGGAGACAGGCCGUGAACUGUCCUCCUGCCAGCUGCUCAUCUCCCAGCACGAGGCGAAGAUCCGCUCUCUGACUGAGUACAUGCAGAGUGUGGAGCAGAAGAAGAGGCUGCUGGAGGAGAGCCACGACUCCCUGAGCGAGGAGCUGGCCAAGCUACAGGACCACGAGAACUCCCAAGUGGAGGAUAAGGAUGGAGAGAAGGGAGAGACCGAGAAAUCCUCCCGCCAGCAGGUGGAGACACACCGUGGCCUGCACCACAAGCAGCUGUCCCGCCUGCGCGAUGAGAUAAACGAGAAGCAGAGGCUCAUCGACGAGCUCACUGAUCAGAACUCAGCACUGCAGCUGGAGCUGGCCCAGGUGCGCUCAGACUUUGAGCGUCUCAAGAGUCAGGACUGCACCAAGAGUGAGCGUCUGGAGGAGCUCUCUGAUGACAAUGUUUUCACUGUCAGAUUUCUGCACGAGCGCCACGAGCAGACCAAGCAGGACCUCAAGGGCCUGGAGGAGACCGUCGCCCGCGAGCUCCAGACCCUCCACAACCUGCGCAAGCUGUUCGUUCAAGACCUCACGUCACGGGUUAAAAAAAGUUCCGAAAUGGAGCCUGAUGAUAGCGGGGGGUCUUGCACCCAGAAGCAGAAGAUUUCCUUUCUUGAAAACAACCUGGACCAGCUUACAAAGGUUCACAAACAGCUGGUUCGUGACAAUGCAGAUCUGCGCUGCGAGCUUCCAAAGCUGGAGAAGCGUCUGCGGUCUACUGCUGAGAGAGUUAAGGCCCUGGAGACUGCACUGAGAGACGCUAAGGAGGGAGCUAUGAUGGACCGCCGCCGCUACCAACAGGAAGUGGACCGCAUCAAGGACGCCAUGAAGGCCAAGAACGCUUUGCGCCGCCCUCACGCUGCUCAGAUCGCUAAACCAGUGCGACCCAAACAGCUGCCCGUGUGCUCCCCCACUAACCCCUUCUACACGUACAUCCGGGCCACGGAGCACGCCAACACCUACAGCAACGCCCUGUUCCAGAAGAGUGUCCCCCAAACGGCCCCCAGCACGGGCACUAGUGUGACCCCCAACUCUGUGCAGACCAACACAGUUUCCACAGCCCUGGGCUACAGAGCGGGCAGAUAUAAUGGAGACAUCCUGGAGUCAUACCCUCUCAACAUUGACAACGGAAACAGCAUCAGUGACGCAAGAGACAUCAAUGACAACAGACCUGAUGCACACUGUGGCAGCCAGGUGGAUGACUCAAACCGGCAGUUCAUCAUGCAGCAGCAGGAGACCGCCGCCAGUUAAUGCAAUGAUUGUGACCGAGCACUGUUCCUGUUUGGACUCCGCCCCUCCUGCAUGCUGCCCCGCCCCCUCUCUCUCCUCUGCCUCUUCGUCCUCCUCUUCCUCCUCUGCAUCACCACUACUCUUCAUCUGGACCCUUCUCCUCUCUGUAUUAUACCCUCACCCUGUUCUGGCCUCGCCCUAUCAAAUCAACACGAGCUAAAAACAUAUUUGCAUUGUUUUUCUAGCGUAAUCUCGCUCUCUGCUCUUCUGUUGACUUCCUCGCUCAGGGCCGCGUCACCCGCUUUCAAAUAGUCCACCGUUGUAAAUAACAGUAGAAGUAUGUAGACUCCACUAUGGGUUCUUUUAACCAGCAACUGUCCGCCAUCUCGCUCCUACCACGUGGACAGCAUUCCCUGGGCAUACCUUGACCUCCUUCAUAAAUUAAACCUGUAACAGAAGAAGCUACAUGCAUGUGUGUCGUUUAGCUUAGGGUUAGCUUACCAAUGGUUGCAUGAGUCACAGUUAGCGGAGAAGGCUGAGCGAUUUGGACAGAUGCUAAAAUGGUUUUGCUAAAAAUGUCUACCCUUUAAAGUAGAUUUCAUUCCUGUUUUCUUUUAUCUAAAUACUAACAAAAAAUGCAAAAUGACAUCAGGGAGAGUCUACCAUUGCAACAUGUAUCUAUGUAAAUGCUUAGAUCAUUAUGUGGACAUUUGAGACCUGUUAAGUGUAGUUUAUGCUUUAUGUCGAUCCCAAAAAAAGUCUUGAGAAUUCUUUUGUUAUAUCUUAAAUAACCAGAACAUGUAGACAAUAGUUCGACUAAUCAUUUUUGGAUAAUGCAUCAAACCAUAAAUCAGAUAACAAAUAUAUCUGCCAGUUAAAAUAGCGUUAGAAAGUUGUGUCAACAGUUUAGCUUUAUAUAAGCAUAUCAAUGUAAUCAAGCUGUUUUAUUAUUUAAUUUUGUUUAAAUUGAGGUUGGUACUCAUUUUAACACUGCAAAAUACAUAUCUAUAUAAGCUGACUUGACUUAAUUUCAGAAUAAUACUUUUUUUGAGUAUUUUUAGUACAAAUUAUAUUAUUUAUUUACAAGAUUUGUGUUCUUAUACACAAGACAAAAAUAAAAUCUCAACGUGAGUAACUAAGAAAAUGUAAACAUGGACUGAAACAUUUUUUUUCUUUUUUUUUUUAACAUCCAUAGCAAAGUUUUCUAUUCAAAAUAUAUACUUUCAGUUAAUUAAAAAUAUACUUAAAGCCAACAACUGUAGUAAAUCUAAAGAUGAUUCUGAAUUUAAGUCACUUCAACCCAGAUAUAGAUAGAUCAUUUUUCGGUGUGGACUUAAAGAGCAAUGUCUGACUGAUUGUUUUCUGAAAGCAUUUACGUUUUUUGAAUGUUCCAAACUUAAGCAGCCACUUUAGUUUGAGAGCACUAAAAAAACCUAAGUUAUAGUGGAAUGUUUACUUCCUCCUGGUAAAUCCUGACCAGCCAAUCAGGACGGAGGAAGACGAGGUUAAUUUAAAGGUUUUUAAGUGACUCGAGGUUUGAUGGGAGCUGGAAUGUUGUUUGAAUUGAAAGAAAAGUUCACCAAAGUCAACUAAUAGCAUUUAUUUUCUUAUUAGACCCUCUAUAUAAAGACUUGGAAUAUUUAAACUUUUAUUGUAUAUUUUGUAUGUAAUUUAUUUAAUUUCUGUUAUACGGUUAUUUGAUGUCUGAGCCGCUACGAUAGUUCAAAAUGAAGGGUUGUUUAGACUUUACUUUUGGUGAAUUGUGAAAAUAUCUAAUAUUACUAAAUAUAUGUCAAUCAUCGAAAUUUGACAUCUCAGGGCUGUCAAUCAAAGUCAGUGAAACCAUUUUUGAAAUUUUUGUUUUGCUUAAAAGAAAUCAUCAUUAAGGUUUUGUUCAAGAGAAUCGUCGAGAAUAUUAAAGUUUGAUAUAAAUAAUGCUUGUGCUUGCUAGGUUUUUGAAAAUAUGGAUUGAAAAUGUUACAAAAUUAAGUAAAAUGAAGUCACUUUAGUUGUUUUCAUAAAUUAACUUUUUGUAUCUUGUUGGAUCUCAUUCAGGAAUGUAAUCAUAUAUGAAUGGCCCAAACUUUUCCAAGUCAAAAAACAAAUAAAUUAAAUAAAAAUUUAAUAGAUUUUUUGUGAAUGCUUUUGGCAAAUACAUUUCUAAAUUCUCGACUCCUUCUUGCUUUGUGUGAACAUUACCUAAAUAUUCAGGACCUUUUAUAUGGUCCAACACAAUCAUUCAUCACAAAGUUUAUGUCACUGUCCAGUUGACCUAGCAUACAUCCAUAUGCAUAAUCCCUAGAUGCUAACGGGAGGUCCAUGCUAGCUGCCCAGAGGUUCCAGAUGUUGUUUUUUCUGUAGAUAGGAUUCUGCUGUAGCAUCGACAUGAGGUUACCAUGGAGACCUGUUAUUUCCACCAUCACUGCUGUAAACUGUAUGUGCAAUGUGUUGUAGUACAAAUAUAAUAAACUUGUAGAAAGGA